AUGUUGCGAGUGCAAGGCUUCCUUGGCAAGUGUAAUUUAUCUCAUUACAGCAACUGGACUGGGCUGCAAAUUAAUCUUAAUUCUUCAUGUCUCCCUCUGACACAAAGUGUUGACCAAUGUAACCGGUCACGUACACACAAUGUACCUACUGUUCCUCAAGUGUCAGAAGAUGCUAACAGAAACAGUGCUCUCAACGGAAACAACAAGCACACAAGCCUUCAAGUAGCUGAUAAUGUGAACUCCAGCUUGUCCUGUGAUAUUGUCAUUGAUCCCACCUUACUGCAAGGUUUGGGUAACAAUGUUAUACGAUAUGCUAUUCAAAAUCAGUGCUAUCUGUUGAUUGUGUCAUACUCCAAUCAGGCCACAAACAAGUAUGCCAUCAACAGGUUCCCAACAGAGGGCCUGGAAUGGGGAAGCCACGGGAAACUCUUCAACAAGAGCCACAUUUUAUGUGCAAUUAACAUCAACAACCCAGCUGUCAUUUGGAUUGCGGGACUAGUCUCUGGAAUCUGGUUUGUUGAUAAUAAUAGCAGUCCAGCUGGAACACCCGAGUGGGAGGUGUUUAUUACUCAUUUGGUCCAGCCAUUCAUGGAAGACUUUGAUGCACAUGAAGAAUUCACAAGCAAGCACAAGAUGUCUUCCUACCCUGUAAUGGACUUGCAGAUCAAAGAUGCUGUCCUUGUCAAAGCAGUAAUUACUCGAUACAAGAAGAAGGACAGAUCACCACAGAAGAAAGACACUUCACUGGGCAACUCCCAGAAAUGGGUGAACUGA